AUGUCUCUGCCUGCAUACACUGGCGCCAGAAUCUCAGGCUGCUGGACCAUGAGGGCCCGAAGGUAAGUGGUCUGUUUACAUAGUGUUGUCCAUGCUUAUUGGAUUGGAUGCCAUCUGUCUGUGUUUGAGCACUGAACAACCACAGACAGGGCUGUAGAAUUAAUUCUGCCUGUGUGUGUGUGUUGAGGGUGUUCUCCCAUCCCAUGUCAGUUGAGACAUGCUGAUGAUGAGAGGUGCAGGGAAAUGCAUGAUCUAUCUACCAAAAAUAUAUGUUUUCAAACUAACCAAGAUGUUUUAUGUUGGUGCUUUAGUGGAGCCUGAACAGUACUAAAUGUGGAUUCAGAGUCUGAUGUAACCAUUAGGCUGUUUUUUAACCUUCAAUUGAGCUUGAUAGUAAACAAGGGUGUGAGGGUGUUGGUAUAAACCUUAUCAGUGACGUUAUCUGUGACGAUAAGGACCAUUAUAGUCCUUUAUAACACUCCAGCUUUGACUGUAAAAGGAUAUGACCCUCACUGUCCUCUCUCAGAUUUGAAUGAAACGAGAACCUAUAAAACGUCCAUCCCUUUUCUGGUAUUUGUACUGAUAUUCUACCCAUAGCUCUAUGUAAAUAACAUGUUAGAAACCCUUUCCUGCAGUCAAAUGACCAAAUCGCCCUUUAGUGGUGUUGGUGAAACCAUAAUAUGGAGAGGAAGUACAAAACCAACGACGCUAGACGGAGAGGAAUUUGCUUAAGCAAAAGGCAGUUUAUUUAACACAGAGAUAGCUGGUACUGCUCAAGCUACAUGCAUGGGAUCCUGCUAAUUAACAUGCAUGGACCUAAUCAUAUGCCACGCUAAUAGUGUCAGCUGAGAAGGAUAAAAAACAGAGUUUACAGCAUUACUUUAUACAAUGUAACAUAGAGGAAGGGGUCCUUCUUCUAGUCCUUUGAUUGGUUCCCGAGGCGUAGGAGGCGGGUCUGCUCUGUCCAGAGCAGAAGCCUCAUUGGUGCACGGCAGAGUCCUCUGCCCUUGGCACCCGACCAGUAGAAAGAAGUGGAGUGAAAUGUCUGUGUGGUGUGUGUCAAAGAACUCGUGAGGCAUGAGAAUGAGUGUGUGUAUGUCUCAAGGGAAACUCGUGGGGAGCAUCAGUGAUUGUGGCCUGUGGCGUGGGUGUUGUCCUUGACAAGAUAUGGUCCUCUGUCCAUUGUUCUUGCAUAGGAACAGCAUUGAUUGAAAACAAGCUCCUAACACAAAAUGGGUCAUGCACAACAUUUUAGUCAGACCAAGCUAUAACAUUUUAUAUUUACUACGACAGUGGCCUCAUGGGUGGAAUGUUAUUAAUAUUAUUUAUUUAUUUUAUGCCGAAAAUCCAGUGUUUCUACGUCAAACGGUUUUGUUAUAUUUCAGUCUUCGGUGAUGUAUACAAAGUGUAAUAUUGGGAUGCAAACUCAAAAUGUAAUACAUUUCAACUCUAUAUCUGACAUAGUACAGGUGACUUAUUUUUUUAAGCCCAUAAUCAUGUGUGUGAAGUGUAUACCUUUGUUUCAAAGUUAAUUUGUUUAAGACUACCAAGAAACUGUCACGGUUUCGGCCGAGGCUGCUCCUCCUCCUUGUUCGGGCAGGCUUCGGCGGUCGUCGUCCCCGGAGUACUAGCUGCCACCGUUUGAUGUUUCAUGUUUGUUUGGUUUUGUCUGUUUGUACACCUGUCCCUUGUUAGUGUUUGAUUUGGUUGCCUAUUUAGUUUUGUGUGUGGGGGCAGGUGUUAUGUGGUAUUGUUUAUUGUCAAGCUGUUGCUCUUUUGUAUUACUCUCGUGUUUGUUGUUUUCCGAGAGUCCGCACUGUGUGCGCUAUCUUCAUUUUACGCACUGUGUGUGUUGUGCGUAAUUUGUAUUUUGCCUCCCGGUUGGGUUGGCUGUUCGCCUGUUUGGUGCUGCAUUUUGUUAACUAAAGUCUGUUGACGAACGCCCGUGUUUCCUGCGCUUGAUUUCCUCACCGCAUAUACACUCAGCUACUGACAGAAACACUCUGUGUGACCCAUAUUUACCCCACUGCAGUAAAUUAUUGAUGAUAUAAUGGUUGUUGUGUCACAGUGGUAGUGGGGAAGACUCGUUGGACCGGCUCCUGCCUUGCCCCCCUAUCUUCACCGCCGUACGCAGGAAGAGCACAUCCCAGACUAAGACAGAACCGCCCCGGCUCCGCACUGGCACACGCACCAUCUACACAGCAGGUAGACCCCCCUGGUACGAUGAGCAUGGUGCACAGUCCAAAGAGGCCUUCGUCAUCGGUAUGACAUUCAUGGGUGUAUGCCUUAUUUUGUUGUCAUGGGGUGAAGUGUUACUCAGGUGUUUUGCGGUUAUAUAUGGAGUUUUGUAAUGGUCUUUCCUUAUUCUUGACAUGUUGUUGUACUCAAACAUACAUGUCUGUUUGUCUGUGCAGGGUUGUGUGGGGGCAGUGCUUCAGGGAAGAUCACAUGCCCAGUUAGAUCAUCGAGGCUCUGGAUGUCCCCUGGUUAGUGUUGUUGUCAAUUGACUCCUUCUACAAGGUGAGAGACUGUCAUUCAUUUGGCUUGCUUGGGCUUUAGCCUUUCGGAGAUGUUACUGUAGGUUCCUCACAACAGCCUGGAGCCUUAUUGACAGACAUGUCACCCUUGUAAUACUGUAUGAAUGAGCCUACCCACAAUCCCUCAUUCUUAAUGAUGUUAAUCACAUGUUAAGCACAUGGGGAAAAGACUGUCUACAGCCUGGGUAAUCCCAUCCCUCCCUUCCUUCCUUCCGCCCAUCAUGUCUGUUUAUAGACCAGCAGGGAACAACACGCAUCCUGUCCCAUGGACUCAACAUACACACACACACAUACACACACAUUCACCCUUCCCUCAUACCCUUACCCUGUGAAAGAUCCCAUUGUGUUUCUGUGUCCAUCCAUCCCUGAAGUUUGUUCUCCUAUACUCCCUAGGUUCUGACCCCUGAGGAACAGACCCUGACAGCCAGUAACGACUACAACUUUGACCACCCAGGGGCGUUUGACUUUGAGCUGCUGGUGGCCACUAUGCAGCGGCUCAAACAGGGCAAGAGUGUCAAGAUCCCAGUGUAUGACUUCACUACACACGGCAGACAGAAAGACUGGGUGAGUGCAGAACUGAUGAGAGGCCAUGUACCAAGGGAAAACUGUAGAUAUAACUGGCAGCUGUUGCAGUUCUGAGCAUUUAUGUUGUCUCUGUCUCUCCCCUCUGUAGAGAACGUGUAUGGUGCCAGUGUGGGCAUCUUUGAGGGGAUCAUGUCCUUUGCAGACGAAUAGCUUUUGGAGGUAAGGCUGUAUGAUCAUCACGUCUAGGGUUUCUGACCUCUUUACUGAAUCAGUCGAGUCCUCUGUGACUGCAAGGUACACGAACAUAGUUCUCUAUUGCUGCUCUGUGUCCAGCUCCUAGACAUUAAGAUCUUUGUGGACACUGACUCAGACAUCUGGCUGGUACGUCGGCUGCGCAGGGACAUCACAGAGCGCGGGCGGGACAUCGAGGGGGUCAUCAAGCAGUACAACAAGUUUGUGAAGCCUGCAUUUGAGCAGUACAUCGAACCCUAA